CUCGCCCGCUUCCCCUCCGCAUCGAGCCCGUCAUAUGACUCCUCCCGGGCAGGGACGGGCAGGGGAAGAGGAAGCCGCCCCGGAUGGAAGCGGCCCCGGGCGAGCGCCGCCGGCUGCGGCAGCUCCCGGAGGGGGAGACGGCGGCGGAGGGAGAGCCCCUCCUUGUGGCCGAGCUGACGCCAGGGCGACCCCAACAGUAUGACUGGAAGUCCAGCUGUGAGACCUGGAGUGUGGCCUUCUCCCCUGAUGGGGCCUGGUUUGCCUGGUCGCAGGGCCACUGCGUGGUCAAGCUUCUCCCUUGGCCUUUACAGGGGACUAAGCACAAUGGCAAAGCUUUGGAGCGCAAGGGCCCAUGUGCAAAAACCAAGCCCAGGGGUUGCGGUGGGCCCAAGGAGAAGACCUUGGACUGUGGACAGAUUGUCUGGGGCCUGGCUUUCAGUUCAUGGCUGCCACCCCAACCCCAUAAGUAUCUCCACCAGGCAACUACCCCCUGCUUGAUCCUGGCCACGGGAUUGAAUGACGGGCAGAUUAAAGUCUGGGAGGUUCAAACAGGGGGCCUGCUUUUCAACCUUUCGGGGCACCAAGAUGUGGUGAGGGGUUUGAGCUUCGCACCUGGCAAGAGCCGUUCCAUUCUCGUCUCUGCAUCCCGGGACAAAACGCUUCGAGUCUGGGACCUCAGCCAAAAUGGGAAGCAACUGAAAGUCCUCUCUGGACACAUGCAGUGGAUUUACUGUUGUUCCAUUUCUCCUGAUGGCCAAAUGCUCUGCUCAGUGGCUGGAGAGAAGUCGGCUCUGCUCUGGAGCAUGCAGUCAUAUCGCCUCCUCCGAAAGCUAGAAGGUCACCAAGGCUGUGUGGCAUCCUGUGACUUUUCUCCAGAUUCGGCUCUUCUUGCCACUGCCUCGUAUGACACCUUUGUGAUCCUCUGGGAUCCCUGUACAGGGGAUCAGCUAAGAUCCCUUUGGCACAUUCCAUUGCAACCUGCUGUGGACCAUGGUGGCAACUUCUACACCAGCUCCCUGAGGUCUGUGUGCUUCUCACCUGAAGGCCUCUACCUUGCCACUGUGGCAGAUGACAGGUUUCUCCGGAUCUGGGGAUUAGAACUUGGGAGCCCUGUUGCCUUUGCCCCUGUGAAGAACGGUCUCUGCUGCACUUACUUUCCACAUGGUGGGAUCAUCGCAACAGGGACCAGAGAUGGCCAUGCUCAGUUUUGGACAGCACCUCAGUCUCUGUCUUCUCUAAAGCACUUAUGUCGGAAAGUCCUCCGUGGCUGCUUUACAAGCUACCAGGUCCAGGCGCUGAGCAUUCCAAAGAAGAUGAAGGAAUUCCUCACCUACAGGACUUUAUGAUGUUGGCUUAAAGGAGGCGAUGCUGUGAUCCGCCGGUUCCUCGCAACGGCAAGAUAAAACUCUCAUUCUUUUGUACGUCGGGCCAUGAUGCAAUGUCAUUUUCUAGCUGGGAAAAUGACAAGGGACACUGUUGGCAAAUCCCCAUUUUUACACUAGCCUCGUGAAGAAAUGAAAGAGUGGUUGGUAUAGUAAAAUUUGCCAGUUACCCUCCCAGACUUAGGAUUUUCUGGGAUGCGGGUUUGACACCAACAGCUCCCUCUUGGACAUUAGAAAAAAAAAGCAUCUCAGGACACAGGAGGAAACAAUUGUGGGGUGUCAGCCAAUGCCCACUUUUUUGUCAUUCUGCAGUGGUUUUGUUUUUGAUUUCUUUGUUAUCUAGGGAAAACCAGGUUUGGAUCCUCUCCAUCAAUACAAAUGUGGGAUUGGAAAUCUUUCCGGCUUCAGUACGCUACUGGGUGAAGCUCUGAAGUUUUUGUCCUUUACAGGGAGGUAGAAGUGAAGGCUCUCUUGGGAAGGAGGUUUGGGAAAACACUUUGCCCGUAGAUAAAUGAGCAGGGAAGUACAUUUCAAGGUGAAUGAUUCCAGAGCAGCUUGGUUCUAUUUUCUCCUGAAAGAUCAGAGAGAAAAACUGGUGAUGAUUGAUAAGUGACGGAAGAUUCCUUGUGUUAAAAACAUGAAACCGAACAGAAACACGGUGAUGCUUCAGAGGACCUAGGAAUUCCCCAGGUGCAAGAAAUAUGCAAAUUGCACCAGUGGGGAGUUUAAUAAAUGGUCAGAAUGUUAAAUUGGAGGCAAGAUGCAAAGAAGUUUAGGGUGGGUGAAAAUCAAGGGCUUGCCCUUCCCAGCCUGUGCAAACUCUCCUGGAUAGAGCCUGACUGAGGUCCAAAUUGCCUGUGGUGGGAGAGGGGAUCACUUGUUGCUUGGAAGUAGAUUUUAGGGAUCUCCUCAUAAGAAGAGCUGUCGCCCGGUAGAAUAGCCUGAUUCCUAAAAUGGUGUGUUCCUUGUCACUAGGUAUCUUUAAACAGCACUGAGCACCAGUUGGACUACAUGACCUCCAGCUACACGAUUGUAUGAUACCUUCAUAUAAAUGUAUUUAUUUUAUACGAGACUGGUGUUGGGUCAGGGCGCAGCUUAAUUUAAUGAGGUGCUAGUGUGAGUGUAUUGCGACGUUGUGGACCAAUUAUAUGAUUGUGGAUUGGGGGGACCUAAUAAAGGCAAAUCUUCAUUUUGAAGCAGCUUGAAGAGGAAA